AUGGAAGUCAGCAACAAAACCACAGUCACUGCGUUUGUUCUCCUAGGACUAUCCAACAACCCCCAGACCCAGGCUCUGCUCUUUGUGUUGUUCCUGGUGGUUUACCUCUUGACCCUUCUGGGGAACCUGCUGAUGCUGCUGGUGAUUAGUACCGAUUCCCACCUCCACACCCCCAUGUACUUCUUCCUGAGACACCUCUCCUUCCUGGACGCCUUCUAUUCCUCAGUCAUUGUGCCUAAAUUGCUAGAAAACCUUCUUUAUAAAUGGAAGACUAUAUCCCUCCUUGAGUGUUUCAGCCAGAUCUCCCUGGUCAUAUUUUCUGGGGCCACAGAAGCCUGCCUCCUCUCUGUCAUGGCCUAUGACAGGUUUCAGGCUGUGUGCCACCCACUGUUGUAUGUGGUGGCUAUGAACAGAAGGAUAUGUGUUGCCCUGGUGGGGGCCUCCUGGGCCAUAGGAAUGGGGACUGGCCUAAUUAACAUCCUUCUCCUGGCUCAGCAGCACUUCUGUGGCCCCAACCUUGUUCGCAGUUUUGCCUGCGAGCUUCCUCCAGUGCUCUUGCUGGCCUGUUCUGAUCCCCAUGCUAGCAUCGCCUCCAUCCUGACCACCAUGGCAGUCCUGGGCCUGGGCACCCUUGUCCUGUUGCUGGGCUCCUACAGCCGCAUCAUCAUGACUGUCUUGAGGAUCAACUCUGCCACGGGUCGGAGCAAAAUCUUCUCCACCUGCUCUUCUCAUUUCCUGGUAGUCGCCAUCUUUUAUGGUUCAGGACUUUUCAGGUACAUGACUCCAACAUCCGGCUCAGCCCUGGAGCAAGUGCUAUCUUUGCAGUACAGUGUGGUGAGCCCAGUGCUAAACCCCCUCAUCUACAGUCUAAAGAAUCAGGAGGUAAAGACAGCUCUGAAGAGGAUGCUGGCCAGGAAGUCCAGGUUUACCUUCUAA